AUGCUAUUCACGGCAAUCCUUCUUUCUCUCGCUCCUGCUCUGGCGCUUGGGCGUCCGAAACACGAUCAGUCAGGCAGACCAAGGUCCGAGCAUGAGAGCCAUGUACGUCUUCUCCACGAGUAUCCAUUAGGACAUUUCGUCGAAGGCAUCGCCGUCCGCCCAAACGGCGAGCUUCUGCUCACUCUGCCAUACAUUGCCGAAGUACACAGCAUCAACCCUCUGCACUCCGAUCACACUCCCAAAGUGGUCCAUAAAUUCCAGGGCAUCAGCAGCGUCUUUGGCAUCACUGAGUAUGAUCAUGAUGUCUAUGCUGUGAACGGCGGCAACUUCUCGAUAGAAGAAGGCUCAGUGGUGGGAACUUAUCGUGUGGAUUCAUUGGACCUGACCGGGGCUGAACCCAAGGCGGCCAGGAUUGCAGACUUUCCGACUGCACAGUUCCUCAAUGGCAUGACAUUUCUGCCUCAGUGGGGACCUGGACCGCGCAACGUGCUCGUCAACGAUGUGAUCGGCGGUGUUGUUUAUCAUCUUGACCCAACCUCGGGAGAUUAUCACGUCGCCCUUAACAAUACCUAUACGCAGGCCCACCAGCAUCCAGUCUUGGGAUCUUUCGGCGUGAACGGCAUCAAGAUCGGAGACGGCAUGGCAUACCUCACCAACACCGGACUGGGUGCACUUGUGCGAUUCCCCAUCCAUCCCAACGGAACAGAAGUUGAAGGUGGUCCAGUCGAGAUUCUGUCCCGUCAGGAUAAUUCCACCUGGUUCUACGACGACUUUGCGCUCCGGGAUACGACAGCAUAUGUCACAACCGGCUCCGGGAAUUCCAUCGAGCGCGUUGUUGCGCCAUCGGUCGGCGCGGGAGGUCUAAUUGGUACAGACAUCGUGGCUGGAAGUCUUAAUUCUACCGCUGUGGCGGGACCGACUGCUGCUGCUUUCGGUCGCACUGACAGGGAUCGUCAUAUCUUGUAUGUUACUACGAGCGGUGCUGCGAAUGUGCCAGUCGAUGGAAAAAUUAGGGUUGGUGCACAGGUUCUGGCUGUUGAUACAAGAUUGUGCACUUGGAUCUAG